AUGUUAAAAAAGCAGCUGGUUGGAGUCACUGCCAUGUUCAUUGCAAGCAAAUAUGAAGAAAUGUACCCUCCAGAAAUCGGUGACUUUGCUUAUGUGACUAACAGCACUUACACUAAGCACCAGAUCAGACAGAUGGAAAUGAGGAUUCUCAGAGUUUUGAACUUUGCUCUGGGUCGCCCACUCCCCCUGCACUUCCUUCGUAGGGCAUCUAAGAUUGGAGAGGUUGAUGUUGAGCAACAUACUUUGGCCAAAUACCUGAUGGAACUAUCUAUGUUGGACUAUGAUAUGGUGUACUUUCCUCCUUCUCAAAUUGCAGCAGGAGCUUUUUGCUUAGCACUGAAAAUUCUUGAUAAUGGUGAAUGGACACCAACUCUGCAGCAUUACCUGUCGUAUACUGAAGAGACUCUUCUUCCCGUCAUGCAGCACCUGGCUAAGAAUAUAGUCAUGGUGAAUCGUGGGCUUACGAAGCACAUGACUGUCAAGAACAAGUAUGCUACAUCGAAACAUGCUAAGAUCAGCACUCUCCCGCAGCUGAACUGUGUAUUAGUUGAAGAUUUGGCCGAGGCUGUAGCAAAAGUGUAACUUGUAAACUUCAAAACUCUAUCCACAAAUAAAAUUGGCACCAUGUGCCACUUGUACAUAC